AUGAUCAAAAAUAUAUUUAAUGAAUAUUUAAAACAUUAUGAUAAUAAAAAUUUUGGAUAUGAAAAAAAUGAUACUAAUAUAUCAUCCAAAGAACAUUAUAAUGAAUAUAUAUCUGAUUGGAGGUGGUUUAGCAUAAAAUGUGAACGUAUUAUUGAAAGCGAAUUAAAUAAAAAACAUUUACAAAAAAAUGAAAAAAAUGAAUAUAAAAAUAAUAUAACUGAAAUCGAUAAUAUAUCGACUUUCAGAUCUUUUUUCCCAAAAAUUUUACUAAAUGCUUAUAGCAGAUAUAGUAACCCCAAAAAAUUUUUCGACAAUCUGAUAAUUCAAAAAUUUAAUGCGAUCGUGUUUUUUUGUGAUGCCAGCGGAUUCUCAAGUUUGGCCGAACAACUCGAUAAAAAGAUAAAUGGAGCCGAACUUUUAGGAAAUUGUUUAAAUAAAUUUUUUAAUAUUUUGAUAAAAAUAAUAGACAGUUGGGAAGGAGAUAUUAUAAAAUUCAGUGGAGAUGCAGUUAUGGUUAUUUGGCCUUUAAAUGCGAAAAUGAAAAAAAAAUCAAAAAAAAAAAAAAAAGAGACAAAAUUGGUUGUAAAAAAGGGUAUCGAGGUAGGCACCCAAAAAAGUGGAACAAAUAGUAACGAAAUAAAUAGUAGCGAAAUAAAUAGUAGCGAAAUAAAUAACAGCGAAAAAAAUGUAAACGAACGCGAUGCAGACGAAAUGAAAAUAAAAAGAAUGCAUCAAAUUCGAAGAAUGUCUUUAUUGGCUUUAGGGUGCUGCAUGAAUAUACAUAAAUUUUUAAACAAAUUUCCAACUCCAAUUGAAAAUAAAUAUUUAAAGGUCCAUAUAGCCAUCACAUAUGGAAAAGUUAAUUUUUUACAAGUUGGAAAUAUUUUAAAUAAAAGAGAUUAUAUAUUAUCAGGAAAGCCUUUGGAAGAAAUUGGUUUAGGUGAAUCAUUAGCUAAAGAUGGGGAAACUGUUAUUUCGUAUUCAUUUUAUAAAAAUAUAAAAGAUAAAAUUGAAAUAAAAGAAACUUGUAAAAAAAAAUAUUAUUUACUAAUAGGAAUAAAAGAAAAAUUAGAUAUAAAUAAAUUAAAAGAAAAUUGUUAUGAACAAGAUGAAAAUUUUAUCAAAAAUAAUAAUGAUAAAAAAAAUGUUAAUGUUUGUAAAAAUUUUGAUCUUUUAUUAAAAAGCUUUAUACCAGAUAUUGUAUAUAGAAAAUUGUCAAUAGGAUAUAAUAUAUUUUUUAAUGAAACUAGAAAAGUAACAAUUAUAUUUGUAUCUGUAAAAGAUGUAGAUACAUCUACAAUGACAGGUAUAUAUUCAACUCACAGUAUAAUGAAAUUAACACAAAAAGCUGUAUUCACAAUGGAAGGAACUAUUAAUAAAUUUAUAUUUGACGAUAAAGGAAUUCUAAUAUUAAUUAUGUUUGGUUUGCCACCUUUAUAUCAUUCAGAUGAUUCUAUAAGAGCUUUAUUAACAUGUUUUAGGUUAAUAGAUGGUCUGAAAUCUCUUAAAUUAAAUGGUAGUAUUGGUGUAUCUACUGGAAAAAUAUGGUGUGGUAUUGUUGGAAAUAAAAUACGAAAAGAAUAUACAGCUCUUGGUGAUUCUGUAAAUAUAGCUGCUAGAUUAUGUUGUAAGGCAGGCAAUAAAGAAAUAUAUGUUGAUGAGAAUACUUACAAUAAUUGCAAACAUUUUAUUAUAUUUCAAAGUUUGAUAUCUAUAAAAGUUAAAGGAAAAAAUAAAUCGAUCAAAAUAUAUUCCCCAAUUGGAACCAUAAAUAAAAAAGGAAAUAAUAUAGAUUAUAACGAUUUAUUUAUUUUAGACUAUUUUACUGAUAAAGAGUUGUUAGACAAUGAGAUGGCAGAGUCGUUGGACAGUGCCAAAGAAAUCGAAUACGAUCAAAAAAAAUGGGAAAAAAAAAAUGGAAAAAAAAGUGGAAAAAAAAAUGGAAAAAAAGGUGGAAAAAAAGAUGGAAAAAAUGACGAUGAUAGUGAUGGCGAUAGCGAUAGUGACGAUGACAAACUGGCAAACGGCUAUGAAGAAGUGACUGAUUUUAAUUUUGUAAACAAUAAUUUUUUACUAAUAUAUUACAAACACAAAUUUAAGGACCGAAUAAAUGAUUUAUUAAAUAGAAAAGAUUGUUUAUACUAUUUAAAAACAAACAAAGAAACGCAAAAUAAUUCUGAUAAAAAUAAAAAAAAUAUAUAUAAUGAAGAACAAUGUAUAUGUAAUAAUAAUUUAAAUAGCAACUGUUUUAAGUGUAAUAAAAUAUAUAGUCUUUCCCCAUAUUAUUUUUUAAAAAGAGAAUUAUAUAUUGACUAUAAAACACAUACAGGCCCUUUAUUUAUACAUGAAUAUUAUGAUCCUUUAUUUUUUUAUUUUAAAGAAAUUUAUAAUAUUGGAGGUGUUUUAUUUUUAGAAGGAAAUGAACAUUUAGGAAUAUUUGAAUUUAUUAAAUUAAUUAAAAAAAAAUUAAAAAAUUUCAAAAUAUUUAAUAUUGGAAAUAUGCCAAAUUCGUUGUAUAUAAAUAUUACAAAUUCAUUAUUGCCAUGGAAAAUGUUAUGUAAUGAUUUAACAAGUAUGUGGAAAUUAUGUAAUACAAGAAAAAAAUAUUUAUAUUUUAACAAUGUUGAUAAUUAUAAUAUCUUAAAAGAAAUAACACAUCCUUCUUAUCAUUGGUUUUUAAAAUGUAUGUCUAAUAUAAUUGAUGAUUUAUAUAUUCCUGAUACAUGUUUGAAAAAAGAAACAAAAAAAAUAAAUAAAAUAUUUGAUACUAAAACAAUUAAUAACAUUACACAAAUUGAAUCACUAAAUGGUACUCAUUAUUAUGAAAACAGAAAAAAUGGACGUACAUUUUGUAAUAAGUUAGUUAAAAAUAUGAGGAAAUUUUUCUUUAAUUCAUCAUUAGAAAUUCAAAAUGAUGAUCAACAUAAAAAUAAAUCAAAUAUUUUAUCUAACAAUACAAAUUGUGUAAUAAAUAAUAAAAAAAAAAAAAAAAAAAAAAAAAUUAAAGGAAUACAAAAUGAAAAUACUGAUGAUUCAAUCUUGUAUUCUCCCUCUUCUUCUGAAGAUAUAAACAUGGCAAGUGCAAAUAUGGCAAAUGUAAAUAUGACAAAUAUAAAUAGCGAUUAUAUAUUAAAGAACGAUAUGAAAGAAAAUAGAAUAGGCAUAAUAAAUUGUAUGAUAUAUAAUUUUAGCUUAUAUGAACACACAUUUAUUAUUUUUAACUAUCGAUCUGGGACAUCUUUAAAUAUAAGUAUAGAAGAACAUGCGUGGAGAAUUUGCAAAAAUAUUUCAAAAUUAGCAAUAUAUAAAAGAAAAAAAAUUGUAAAAAAUUUUCAUAAAAAUCUAAAAAAUUGGAGAAAAAACCAUUGUAGAAUGUGUAACUUUUGUAAAGGAAUUGGCGAAAUAAAUUUUGUGAAUUCUAAUCAAAUAUAUGAUAAUGAUAAUGAUAAUGAUAAUGAUAUUGGAAUGUCAAGUAGUAGUAGUUGUUUCGAUCUUAGCAAUUAUCAUGUUAAUAUUUCAGAAAGUAUAAGUAAUAAAAUAAAUAAUCUUUCAAAUGGGGAAAAUAUAAUUUUAAAAAAUGAAGAAAAAGAUAAAAUUUACUUGAAUAAUAAUAACAAUAACAAUAAUAAUGCGUCUCAUAAUUUAUUAAAAGAGGAAAACGAGAAAAAUAUUUUCCAACUGUUUAAAGAGCAAAAAUUGGAAAAUCAAAAUAAAAAAACAAACAUGUUUUAUAAAACAAUAUAUCCGAAUAUACAAGACAAUAUAUUAUUAUAUAUUGCUCAACAAAAAGCAAAACAAGAAACGAUAAAAAGAGAAUAUGAUAUGCAAAUAAAAAAAUAUGCAGAAUUAAAUAAAAUGAAUAAUAUAAAUUGUGAUAAUAUCAAACAAAAUGAAAAUAUUUUCAAUUUUUAUAAAUCAAAACAAUCUAAUUUAUGCAAUCCUAUAUUUAAACCCAAAAAUAAACCAUUAAUAUUUUUAUUUGUAAAUGGAGCCAAAAAUAAUGAUAAUGUAAAAGAAUUAAAAAAAAUGAAAAAAUAUGCAAAAGAAUGUAAUGGAUAUAUAAAAUUAGAAAAAUUUAAUAAAAAUGAUUUAUAUAAUUUUGUUAGUUUAUGUUUAAAUAUUAAUGUUGAUAAAAUAAGUGAAGAAUUGAUAAAUUAUUUAAAUAAAAUUUGUUUUGGAUUUCCUAAAUUUGUCCAAUAUACUUUAUUUUAUUUAUUAAAAAAUAAAUAUAUAAAACUUUAUAAAAUUCCAAAUGUACAUGAAAAAAUAAAUGAUCAAUUACAUAAUAAUGUUGGAUUGUCUACUAAUAUUUAUAAAUAUACAGACAUUGAAAAAAUAAAUUUUAUUUCAAAAAAAAAUAAUAAUUCUAAUAAUACCUUUUCUUCGUUCAAAAAAAAUGAACAAAAUUUUAUUAAAAAUUGUAAAACACCUCAAAAUAUGAUUUCUUAUUACUAUAUUAAUAAAGCUAGCCAAAAUAUUAUAAGAGAACAAAAUAAGUUCCUCAAUUUUACACUUUACCAAGAAACGAAUAGUACCUUAAUAAAUUCAGACUAUUCAAAUUGUGACCAACAAACAGAAAAAAAUAAAAAUGAAAAUAACAAAUCUGAAAACCUUUACAAAAUUGAAAUGGAAAUCGUUAAGGAUUUGAACAAUGCUGCGUUAGUUCCUCGUCUGAUUGCCUACUGCAUGUUCAUGAUUGACAGCUUGAGUGAGGAAGAUCAGCUUCUAGCGAAGCUUUGUUCAUUUUUUAAAGACAAAUUCAAUAUAAAAAAAAUGGAAUGCAUAUAUCCAAAACCCCUUUCUAGAUCUGAGCUUAAAAAAAUUAUUGUAAAUUUAGUUAAGAAGAAUGUAUUUCAAGUUUGUGACGAUAAUAAUAAUAAUAAAUCUAACACACCUCCAAAAAAAAACAAUGUCAAUUCUAUACACAAUAUUAAUUUUAUAUAUAGACAUGUGUAUAAUAAAGUGGAUAGCAUUUCUGCGAAUAGAAAACCUAUCCAUUUAAUUUUUAGCACAAAAUCGGAUAUAUCAGAGGAUAAUAUUUUUUUCCGUAUAACAAAUUAUGCCCUAAAAAAGGUUUUAAACGAAUUGAUGGAAAAUGAAGAAAAAAAAUACAUUCAAACUAUUUACAAAAAAUAUAUAGAAGAUUAA